AUGUCAGUCAACAAUAAGGAUAUUGCGUUAAGUGUGAUUCAUUUCUUGAAACAAUCUGUUUCAAAGAAUGAAAUUCCAGAAGAUUAUGCCGAAUCAAUGGAUGUAGCCAUUGAUUGUAUCGCUGAUGCAUUCGAAGUUAAUAAGGAUGAUGAUGCCAAGACUGUGGAAGCUAAGUUUGGUGGAAAGUCAUUAGCUGCUUUACUUAGUGCCUCGGGUAGUUCUAAGCCAGAGAAUAAACCAGCUGCUCCUGUUGAGGAAGUAGACGCUACCACGAAAGAAAAGGCUGAUGCAUUAAAGGCAGAAGGUAAUAGAGCCAUGGCAAGUAAGAACUUUAGUGAAGCCAUUACAAAGUAUGCUGAAGCCAUUGAAUUAGAUGGCUCUAAUGUUGUCUACUUGUCCAAUAGAGCAGCUGCUUAUUCUUCCGCCUCCCAGCACGAAAAUGCUGUGAAGGAUGCUGAAAAAGCCAUCGAGUUAAACCCUAGCUUCUCUAAGUCGUACUCGAGAUUAGGAUUGGCCAAAUAUGCCUUAGGAGAUGCCACUGCUGCCAUGAAGGCUUACGAGAAGGGGUUAGAAGUUGAAGGCGACAAGAAGUCAGACGCGAUGACUAAAGGGUUUGAAACUGCUAAGCGUAGGGUCGAAGAAGAAUUAGAACAGUCGAUUCCAAAAUCAUCUGUUGCAUCUAAUGGUGAAGCUGACGAUUCAGCUGCCAGAGGUGCUGGUGCCGGUGCUGGUGCCUCAGGAAUGCCAGACUUAGGUUCGAUGUUUGGAGGAAAUGGCGGAGGCAUGCCUUCGUUUGGUGAUAUGAUGAACAAUCCUCAACUUAUGCAAGCUGCUCAAAGCUUGAUGUCAGACCCAAAUGCCAUGCAAAACUUAAUGAGUAACCCUGCUAUUCGUCAAAUGGCCGACCGUUUCGGUGGUGGUGGAGGCGAUGGUUCCGGUCCAGACCUUUCGAAUUUGAUGAAUAACCCUAUGUUACAAAACUUAGCUGGCCAAUUUAUGGGUGGUGGUAAUAACAAUAAUAAUAAUAACAACAAUAGUGGUGACGGAAGCCAAAACUAG